AUGAAAGCCAACAACACCCAGCAAACAGUGGUUGCGGGUGGAAAGAGUGGCAGCACUGUGAUUUUGGACAACAUUGAAGCUGCUCUCACCAUCGGAAAUAUUCUUAGAACUACUUAUGGGCCAUUUGGACGAGAUAAAUUAUUUUGUGAAAGUGAAACAGGACAAAUCAUUAUAUCUAAUGAUGGAGCAACGAUUUUACAAUAUUUAAAAAAGAAGAUUAAAAACAAUCGCUCGGAUCGUAAUUCAAAAAUGUCCAAAGAGGAAACUAUACGAUGGGCAUUCAGUACGGAGCCUGUCAUUGAUUUGUUGGUGAAUAUAAGUGAAACACAGGAUGCACAAGUUGGAGAUGGUACUACGAGUGUAGUUUUAUUCACAUGUGCCUUGUUAAAACAGGCAAGAAAGCUGAUAUCUUUAGGUUUUAGUCCACAUAGUAUCAUUCAAAGCUAUAGGCUUGGGCAUCAAUUUAUUUCAAGAAAACUGUCACAAAUCGAGCUAUGCAUUGACUUAUCGGACCUUUCCGAACAAUCGGUAAAUGUGCUUGGAGAACUUGUGAAAAUUCCAUUCAACAGCAAGGUGUUGAAAAAUAUGAGCUUUUUCUUUUCACAAUUACUUGUUGAUGCGUAUGCGAAAUUUAGUGAAAUUCAACAGAAAAAAUAUACUAGCAAUAGAUCUGUACAAAGUCUCUUCACACGACAAAAUAUACUGUUUUGUAGUAUCCCUGGAGGUUCCAUUCAAGACUCCUUUUUACUAAACGGGAUUUGUUUUAAGAGAACUUUCUACUAUGCUGGUUAUGAACAACAGCAAAAGCGAAUUGAGAAUCCAAAGAUAUUAAUUUUGAACCAUGAGCUAGAGCUUAAACAUCAAAAAGAAUUUGCAAGAAUUGUCAUUAAUGAUCCUAGUUUAUAUCACAGUUUCUUGGAAUCCGAAUGGGAUUUGUUAAACAAAAAACUGGAGACAAUUGUGAAAACAGGCUGUGAUGUUGUUCUAAAUCUUCAAACAAUUGGAGACAUUGCUACGCAAUACUUCACUCAGCAUGGAUUGACAUCUAUCGGGCGAAUUGACGAAUCCACACUGAGAAGCAUUGUAAAAUCACUUGGAGGAGAAAUUAUUUCAUCUCUUGAAGACUUAGAAACUCUUAUGAGCAGUGAAACCUCUGUGGACGAUUUUUCUUAUAUAUAUGGGACAUGCGAUCUCUUUGAAGAGAAAUGUAUUGGAGAAGAUUUUUAUUGUGUGCUUUCGGGUCUUAAAUGCGUUGGUCACGAUGAAAGGAUUACCAUUGUUCUUCGAGGAGAGGAAAAUAUUCUAGAAGAAGCAAAACGUAGUCUGCACGAUGCACUGUGUAUUCUUGAGAAUGUGGUUCACAUACCUGUUUGUCACCUCGGAGGAGGAGCCACAGAACUCUACCUUAAAACUAGCCUUAAACAAUACUGCAAUCAAAGCUCAUUAUCCACAUGUAAUGAACAUGCAUUAUCGAUCAUUGAAGGAUUGAAUCAUUACGCUUCAGCAUUGGAGGAAUUGGUAUUCAUUUUGUGCGAUAAUGCAGGACUAAAUGCCUCCAAGGUCAUUGACAUGCUAACUUCUCUCCAUGAAAAAGGAGAAACAUACAAAUAUUAUGGUCUUAACUUGGAUAAGAAUGCUAUUAUGAAUUUAUUACCAUCUGCUAUGUGCAAAAUAGAUGAGUCCACUCAAAAAACUUUCAUUAGAGAUAUUCCUCAAGAAUAUAAGAACAUAACCGUCUUAGAACCUUGCAGUGUGAAGCGAAAUAUUUUUCAGUCAGCCACCGAAGCUGCUUGCUUCAUUCUCUCUAUUGAUUACGUGGUAGUGAUGCCACCUUUGGAAACAGAGAAAGAAAGAAGCGAACGACUUGCCAAAUCAUACUCGCAACAACAAGCUCUGCAAAAACAAUGGUCCCAACACAUCAAAUCAGAAGAAAAGAAGCAACAUGAAUAUUUUCUGUGA